AUGAGUUCAUUUUAUGAUUUAAAACCAUUAGACUCAAAGAACGAAGCUUUUGAUUUUUCACAAUUGAAAGGUAAAGUUGUUUUAAUUGUUAAUGUAGCUUCAAAAUGUGGAUUUACUCCGCAAUAUAAAGGUUUAGAAGAAUUGAAUCAAAAAUUUAAAGAUUCUGGUAAAUUUCAAAUCUUAGGUUUUCCAUGUAAUCAAUUUGGUAAACAAGAACCAGGUUCAAAUGAAGAAAUUGGUCAAUUUUGUCAAUUAAAUUAUGGAGUUACAUUUCCUGUUUUAAAUAAAAUUGAUGUAAAUGGUGAUAAAGAAGAUCCAGUAUAUAAAUUUUUAAAAUCGAAAAAAUCUGGUUUAUUAGGUUUAAAUAGAAUUAAAUGGAAUUUUGAAAAAUUUUUAAUUGAUCAAGAUGGUAAUGUAGUUGAAAGAUAUAGUUCUUUAACUAAACCUAUUGAUAUUUCUCCAAAAAUUGAAGAAUUGUUACAACAAAAGAUUGUAAAAUGA